AUGGUGGAUUUUCCAUAUUCAAGUGCGCCAUUGCGCACUGUCAAAGAAGUGCAGUUUGGGAUGUUUUCGCCUGAAGAAGUUCGCGCUAUUAGCGUCGCCAAAAUUGAAUUUCCCGAAACUAUGGAUGAGACCCAAAUGCGCGCCAAAGUGGGCGGUUUGAACGAUCCCAGGCUGGGUUCGAUCGACCGUAACUACAAGUGUCAAACUUGCGGUGAAGGCAUGAAUGACUGUCCAGGCCAUUUUGGUCACAUAGAGUUAGCAAAACCUGUUUUCCACAUUGGUUUUAUUUCCAAAAUCAAAAAGGUCUGCGAUUGUGUUUGUAUGCAUUGCGGAAAACUUCUGCUCGAUGAGCAUAAUGAUUUAAUGAGACAAGCGAUAAAAAUAAAGGAUCCAAAGAGAAGAUUUAAUGCCGUGUGGUCACUCUGUAAGACGAAAAUGGUAUGCGAAACCGAAGUACCAUCAGAAGAUGACCCAGCCCAGUAUGUAUCCAGAGGCGGUUGCGGAAAUAUUCAACCGAGCAUCAGAAAGGAUGGUCUUUCUUUGGUAGGUACCUGGAAGAAAGAUAAAGGUGCCGAUGAUGCUGACCAGCCUGAGAAGAGAAUAAUCUCGGCGGACGAAGUUCUGAAUGUGUUCAAACAUAUUUCUUCGGAAGAUUCUGUGAGGUUAGGUUUCAACGAGGAUUUUUCACGUCCAGAGUGGAUGAUCUUAACAGUUUUGCCGGUGCCUCCACCACCAGUGCGACCAUCGAUCUCUUUCAAUGAAACUCAAAGAGGUGAGGAUGAUUUGACUUAUAAGCUUGGCGAUAUUUUGAAGGCGAACAUUAACGUUCAAAGGCUGGAGAUCAACGGUUCUCCACAACACGUUAUUCAAGAGUCUGAGUCUUUGUUACAAUUUCACGUUGCUACAUAUAUGGAUAAUGAUAUCGCCGGGCAACCCCAAGCCUUGCAAAAGUCAGGACGUCCCAUUAAAUCCAUUCGCGCACGUUUGAAGGGUAAAGAAGGGCGUAUCAGAGGUAAUUUGAUGGGGAAGCGUGUUGAUUUUUCUGCUCGUACGGUCAUUUCAGGAGAUCCAAAUCUGGACUUGGAUCAGGUUGGUGUUCCAAAAUCCAUCGCAAAAACCCUGACAUACCCUGAAGUAGUAACACCUUACAAUAUCGAUCGCUUGACUCAAUUGGCGCGCAAUGGGCCAAAUGAACACCCGGGCGCGAAGUAUGUGAUUCGUGACAAUGGUGACCGUAUCGAUUUGAGAUACAGUAAAAGAGCCGGUGACAUACAAUUGCAAUACGGCUGGAAAGUCGAACGUCAUAUUAUCGACAAUGAUCCUGUUUUGUUCAAUCGUCAACCUUCUUUGCAUAAAAUGUCUAUGAUGGCACACAGGGUGAAAGUCAUGCCGUACUCUACUUUCCGACUCAAUUUGUCCGUUACGUCCCCAUAUAAUGCCGAUUUCGAUGGUGACGAAAUGAACCUUCACGUUCCACAGUCGGAGGAGACGAGAGCAGAACUGUCUCAGCUAUGUGCUGUCCCCCAACAGAUUGUGUCUGCUCAAUCGAAUAAGCCAUGUAUGGGUAUCGUACAAGAUACGUUGUGCGGUAUUCGUAAAAUGACCCUGAGAGAUACAUUUAUAGAGCUCGAUCAAGUGCUAAACAUGUUGUACUGGAUCCCUGAUUGGGACGGUGUCAUACCAGUCCCGACAAUUUUGAGGCCGAAGCCUCUGUGGUCGGGAAAACAAAUCCUGUCUAUCGCAAUUCCCAAGGGAAUUCAUCUUCAAAGAUUCGAUGAAGGAACCACUCUGCUGUCUCCAAAAGAUAACGGGAUGCUUAUCAUUGACGGCCAAAUCAUUUUUGGUGUUGUUGACAAGAAGACCGUAGGCUCUUCGAGUGGCGGAUUGAUUCACGUGGUUACAAGAGAAAAGGGUCCUACAAUCUGUGCCAGGCUUUUUGGAAAUAUCCAGAAAGUGGUAAACUUUUGGUUAUUACAUAAUGGGUUUUCGAUUGGUAUUGGUGAUACCAUUGCUGACGAGAAAACUAUGAGAGAAAUCACGGAGGCGAUUGCGGUGGCCAAAAAGAAGGUCGAAGAAGUGACCAAAGAAGCCCAGGCAAACCUGUUAACUGCGAAGCAUGGUAUGACUUUACGUGAAUCUUUCGAGGAUAAUGUCGUUCGUUAUUUGAAUGAAGCAAGAGACAAAGCUGGACGUUCGGCAGAAGUAAAUUUGAAGGAUUUGAACAAUGUCAAACAGAUGGUGAGUGCUGGUUCUAAGGGUUCCUUCAUUAACAUUGCUCAAAUGUCGGCUUGUGUUGGACAACAAUCUGUCGAGGGUAAGCGUAUUGCGUUUGGCUUUGCUGACCGUACUUUGCCUCAUUUCUCAAAAGAUGACUACUCGCCAGAAUCGAAGGGUUUUGUGGAAAACUCAUACUUGAGAGGGCUUACACCACAGGAAUUUUUCUUCCAUGCAAUGGGUGGACGUGAAGGUUUGAUUGAUACCGCCGUGAAAACUGCAGAAACUGGGUACAUUCAGCGUAGACUUGUGAAAGCAUUGGAAGACAUUAUGGUGCACUAUGAUGGAACUACAAGGAACUCUCUGGGAAACGUCAUCCAAUUUAUUUACGGUGAGGAUGGUAUGGAUGCGAGCCACAUAGAAAAGCAAUCAAUUGACACAAUUGGCGCUUCUGAUGCAGCUUUCCAGAGAAGAUACAGAAUUGAUCUUUUGAAUCCAAGUAAUGCCAUUGAUCCUUCUCUUCUAGAGUCUGGCUCGGAGACUGUUGGGGAUCUGAAGUUGCAGGCGCUCUUAGACGAAGAAUACAAGCAGUUACUACAAGAUCGCCAAUUUUUGAGGAAGAUUUUCCCUGAUGGGGAGCAGAGCUGGCCUCUUCCUGUCAAUAUCAGGCGUAUUAUUCAGAAUGCGCAACAGACGUUCCGCAUUGAUCACACGAAACCAACAGAUUUAACGAUUCGGGACAUUGUUUAUGGUGUUAAGGACUUGCAAAGCAAACUACUUGUUCUUCGGGGGAAGGCUGAGAUUCUAACCGAGGCUCAAGAAAAUGCUGUGACACUAUUUUGUUGCUUGCUUCGCUCGCGAUUGGCUUCCCGAAGAGUGCUUGAAGAGUACAGGUUGACCAAACAGACUUUUGACUGGGUGUUGAGCAAUAUCGAGGCUCAAUUUUUGAGAUCCAUCGUUCACCCCGGCGAAAUGGUUGGUGUUUUGGCUGCACAGUCUAUUGGUGAACCCGCCACUCAGAUGACCUUGAACACGUUCCACUUUGCUGGUGUUGCCUCCAAGAAAGUCACAUCCGGUGUCCCUCGUUUGAAGGAAAUUUUGAACGUGGCCAAGACAAUGAAGACACCGUCGUUGACGGUUUACCUUGAUCAUGAGCACUCUGCCGAUCAAGAGAAGGCCAAACUAAUUAGGUCUGCCAUUGAGCAUACGACCUUGAAAAGUGUUACAGUUGCUUCUGAAAUUUAUUACGAUCCUGACCCUCGGUCAACCGUAAUUGAAGAUGAUGAAGAGAUUAUUCAACUUCACUUUUCCUUGAUGGACGAAGAUACCGAGCAAUCUUUGGAUCAUCAGUCGCCUUGGCUACUACGUCUCGAGUUGGAUCGUGCUGCAAUGAACGAUAAAGAUUUGACUAUGGGUCAAGUCGGAGAAAAAAUUAAGGAGACCUUCAAAAACGAUCUUUUCGUCAUCUGGUCCGAAGAUAAUGCCGAGAAGCUUAUUAUACGUUGUCGUGUGGUGCGCGACCCUAAAACAUUAGACGCUGAAGCUGAAGCUGAGGAGGAUCACAUGCUGAAAAGAAUCGAGAAUACCAUGCUUGAAAGUAUUACGCUUCGUGGUGUUGAAGAUAUCGAGAGAGUUGUGAUGAUGAAAUAUGAUAGGAAGGUCCCUGGUCCUACCGGUGAAUAUCAAAAGGUACCUGAGUGGGUUUUGGAAACUGACGGUGUCAAUUUAGCGGAAGUUAUGUGCGUGACGGGUGUGGAUGCUAGUAGAAUUUACACCAAUUCUUUUAUUGACAUCAUGAACGUUUUGGGUAUAGAAGCCGGAAGGGCAGCUCUUUACAAGGAGGUUUAUAAUGUCAUUGCCUCUGAUGGUUCCUAUGUGAACUACAGACACAUGGCUCUGUUGGUCGACGUCAUGACGUCUCAAGGAUUCUUAAUGUCUGUCACUCGUCACGGGUUCAACAGAUCUGACACCGGUGCUUUAAUGAGAUGUUCUUUCGAAGAGACGGUUGAGAUUCUGUUUGAGGCUGGUGCCGCAGCAGAGCUCGAUGACUGUAAGGGAGUUUCUGAAAAUGUUUUACUGGGACAAAUGGCUCCAAUCGGUACUGGUGCUUUUGACGUUAUGAUAGAUGAAGAUUCCCUGAUCAAGUACAUGCCAGAACAAAAGACUUCCGAGAUCGCUGACGGACAGGACGGUGGUGCAACUCCGUACAAUGUCGAAAAUGGCCUCGUUAAUGCAGAGAUUGAUGUUAAAGAUGAAUUGAUGUUUUCUCCACUUGUGGAUUCAGGAUCAACGGAUGCUAUGUCGGGUGGCUUUACGGCAUACGGCGGAUCUGAUUACGGAUCGGCGUCAUCUCCUUUCAGCGGUUAUGGAGACAAUCCAACGUCUCCUGGCUUUGGAGGAGUUUCGUCACCAGGGUUUUCACCAACUUCGCCAGGGUACUCUCCAACAUCACCAAGUUACAGUCCUACGUCGCCAUCGUAUUCGCCAACAUCUCCAAGUUACAGCCCUACUUCCCCCUCUUAUUCUCCGACAUCUCCAGCUUAUUCGCCAACUUCACCAUCAUAUUCACCAACUUCUCCUUCCUACUCUCCAACCUCACCUUCCUACUCACCUACAUCGCCCUCUUAUUCUCCAACCUCACCCAGCUAUAGCCCAACUUCUCCCUCGUAUUCACCUACCUCACCCAGCUACAGCCCUACUUCACCAUCAUACUCACCAACCUCACCCAGCUAUAGCCCAACUUCACCAUCAUACUCACCAACAUCCCCCAACUAUAGCCCUACUUCACCAUCAUACUCACCAACCUCACCAAGCUAUAGCCCGACUUCCCCAUCUUACUCACCAACCUCACCAAGCUAUUCACCAACUUCUCCUAACUACAGCCCAACUUCUCCAUCUUAUUCACCAACUUCUCCCAGCUAUAGCCCAGGUUCUCCAUCUUAUUCGCCACAAUCUCCCAAAAAGGAGUAA